UGAGUGUCGGCGUCAGCCUCCAUCACAACCCGCCGCAGGACCCACGCGAACAUGGCGGACACGAGCAGGGAGCCCGCCCCGGAGCGCACCGACUUCCAGGAGCUGGAGGAGGCCGAGGACCUGUUCCCGGAGCCGGCGGCCGCACAGGAGGAGUCAGGACCAGCCAGUCUUCCUGCUGAAGACAUCAGCACCAACUCAAACGGACCCAAACAAGAUUCACUAUUUGAUGACGACCCCGAAGACCUGUUUGCAGAGGCCACAGAGGAGGUUUCGUUGGACAGUCCAGAGAGAGAAGUCCUGUUGUCCGACGGUCCGUCCCCCGCCAUCACCCCCAUCACCCCCCCCACCUCGGUCAUCACCCCUUGCAUCGGUCACGAUGACAUGUUCACACACUCCUCCUUCGACGAGAUUGAAGAGGAGGAGGUCGACGAUUCAUUCGAUAUGAACAUCUCAGUGUCUGACCCUGAGAAAGUUGGUGAUGGGAUGAAUGCGUACAUGGCCUAUAAAGUGACCAUCAAGACCUCCAUCUCUCUGUUUAAACGAGAGGAGUUUUCAGUACGCAGGCGGUUCAGUGACUUUCUGGGUCUUCACAGUAAACUUGCCUCUAAGUACCUGCACAUAGGAUUCAUUGUGCCUCCUGCACCGGAGAAAAGCAUUGUGGGGAUGACCAAGGUGAAGGUGGGGAAGGAGGACCAGUCGUCCAACGAGUUCGUGGAGAAGAGGAGGUCGGCACUGGAGAGGUACCUGAUGAGGACGGUGAAACAUCCGGUUCUGCUGAAGGACCCGGACGUCCUGCAGUUCCUGGAGAGCUCAGACUUGCCGCGGCCGUCAAGCACUCAGGCUCUGAGCAGCGCCGGACUCCUCCGAAUGGUCAACAAGGCGGCAGAAGCCGACAAGAUGACCCUCAAGAUGAACGAGUCGGACGCUUGGUUUGAGGAGAUGCAGCAGCACUUUGAGAACCUGGAUGUUCAGCUGAGGAAGCUUCAUGCCAGCGUGGAGUCUCUGGUCUGUCACAGGAAAGAGUUGUCCGUGAACACGGCGCAGUUCGCCAAGUCGGCGGCCAUGGGGAACAGCGAGGACCACACGGCGCUCUCUCGAGCUCUGUCCCAGCUCGCUGAGGUGGAGGAGAAGAUCGACCAGCUGCACCAGGACCAGGCCAACGCAGACUUCUACGUCUUCUCCGAGCUGCUGGGCGACUACGUCCGCCUCAUCACGGCCGUCAAGGGCGUGUUCGACCACCGGAUGAAGACGUGGCAGAAGUGGCAGGACACUCAGAUGCUGCUGCAGAAGAAACGAGAGGCUGAAGCCAAACUUCAGUUCACCAACAAACCAGAUAAACUGCAGCAGGCGAAGGACGAGAUUCAAGAGCUGGAGGGGAAGGUGCAGCAGGGAGAAAGAGAAUUUGAACAAAUCUCCAAAACCAUCCGUAAGGAGGUCAGCAGGUUUGAGAAAGAGCGAGUGAAGGAUUUUAAAACAAUCAUAAUCAAAUAUCUGGAGUCUCUGGUUCAGACACAACAACAGCUGAUUAAAUACUGGGAUGCCUUCUUACCCGAGGCCAAAGCCAUCUCAUAGAGUCCCGUGACUGGAUCUGGUCAAACUACACUACCCACAAUGCACCUGUCCUCCUGGGCCUCCCUCCUCCUGAAGAGGAGGCGGCUCAAAGUGACUUUUCAGACAAAACCACGAAACUCCCUGUUUCAUCUCAUGUUGGUCGUUUUGUUUCCUGUGCUGCUCAGGUCCCGUCGCUUCAAAACAAAUAUAUUAAUAUAUUCAUAUCUCACUCACGGUUUCUUUAUGAGGUCAGUAAGAGAGAAGUCACUGCACCGGGUUCCUCACACAGAUUCUUACGUGACCUCACUUCCUGCUUCAUUUCUUUUCAACAUAUUCACACUCAAGCUAAACAAAGUGUUUUUUCUCUCUGAAGGAGAUGAACAUCCGACAUUUUUCUUUACACUGAAGAAGAUUUUUUUCAGCUCCGCUUUUGUAACCAAGAAUGUGAACAGAACUUUGACUGCAGGACCCUGAACGCCUCACGCAGCUCCGCCCCUUCUGUCAGCUGUUUCCAUAUAAACAACCUCUCCAGCUCCAUCAGAACCUCAAACCCCUGAAAACAAACCGUUACGUCACUGAAUCUUUAUUUUGCUUCUGGAGCUCGAGCUGUGAAACGGAUGUGAGUUGUUGAUGAAGGACGACCGACCUCAUCCUCUCUUAUUUUGUGUCUAUUACUUCCUGUCACCAGUUCCCCUUGCUUCCUGCUACGCCUUUCAAAACAAGAGCCUUUGUUUGUGUUGCUGUAUGAUCGUGAGUGAAGGCAACAUGUUCUGUGUCUGAUCCCUUCUGUCCACUUGUGAUGUCGUCCAGUGAAACGAAGGGUUCCUUUAGACUGAGCCUGGAGUGGUUUCAGGUGAUGGUGUGUGUGUGUGUGUGUGUGUGUGUGUCCGUCCAGAGAUCAGAUCGUCAGUGUGAAGACUUUCCCUGAUUUUUAUUAUGUUCAUUUCAUUUCAACAGAUUUAAAGUGAUUUUUUAAGACUGGAAAUAUUUAUGAUUUUCUUUCUCCUUCACUGCUCCUGGAUCUUAAAACGUGUUGAUUCUACCUUUUCUAUUUCCUUCUCCUUUAUUUCACAUCGUUGGCUGCCUGAUGGUGUGCAAAGUUUUUACUGAUUGUUUUUGGUUUAUUUUGAAAAUGAUGAAAUGCUGAAUCUUUGGUUUGGCGUGACGUUUCCGCGGCAGCAGAUGUUUGACUACUUUAAUUAUAAUAAAGGAAUGUAUCUCAUC